CUGCUCUUAUAAAAAAAUAAUAACUUUUAUAAACGUGCAUCAACGUAUGUACAGUACAUUUAGUAUUCAUAAUCUUUUCCCAACAUCAGUUGAAAUGAGCUAAAAAGUAAACUAUCGAGGAAAAAUAUUUCGUACUUUCAAAUCAUAGGUUAUGUUCAAAUAUAUUUGGCCAUUCUUAAUAUCAACGUGAUGGCUGUUGUAAUUGAAACAACAGUUGGUGAUUUUACUGUUGAUUUAUUCACCGCUGAACGCCCACAGACAUGCCGGAAUUUCUUGAAACUUUGCAAGAUCAAAUACUACAACUGGAGCUUAUUCCAUUCGGUGCAAAGCAGUUUCAUUGCACAAACUGGCGAUCCUACGGGAACUGGAAAAGGUGGAGAAAGCGUAUAUGGUAUUGUUCUAGGAGAGAAAGCUAGAUAUUAUGAAGCGGAACAGAUGCCAAAAAUAAAACAUGACAGAAUGGGAUUGAUAUCGAUGGUCAAUUGUGGCAACAAUAUGUUAGGAUCCCAAUUUUUCAUCACCCUUGGAUCUGAACUUCAGUCUUUAGAUGGAGAGCAUUGCGUUUUUGGUGAAAUCACAGAAGGAUUGGAAGUUGUCCUGAAAUUUAAUGAAGCAAUAUGUGAUGGAGAUUUCAGACCCUACCAAGAUAUUAGAAUUUCGCAUACAGUCAUUUUAGAAGACCCAUAUGACGAUCCACUGGGAUUAGUCAUUCCAGACAAAAGUCCAGAGCGUACCAAGGAAGCUUUGAUGAGUGACAGAAUCGGAGCUGACGAAGUCAUUGAUGAUACAGCAGGUAUGACUGCUGAGGAGAUAGUGGAGAUGAGGAAAGAAAGAGAGGCAAAGGCCCGAGCUACAAUCCUUGAAAUUGUCGGAGAUCUACCUGAUGCUGAUAUGGCACCACCUGAAAACGUUUUGUUUGUCUGUAAACUAAACCCAGUGACUGGUGAUGAUGAUUUAGAAAUAAUAUUCAGCAGAUUUGGAAAAGUUGUUGGCUGUGAAGUUAUAAGAGAUCGUCAAUCUGGAGAUUCAUUGCAGUAUGCAUUUAUUGAAUUUGCGGAUCGAAAGAGUUGUGAAGAUGCUUAUUUUAAGAUGGACAAUGUACUGAUUGACGAUCGUCGAAUACACGUUGAUUUCUCCCAAUCGGUGUCAAAAAUGCGUUGGCGUGGUAAAGGAAAAGGGAUUCAGUAUUAUGACGACUCAGAGAAAGUGAACCAAAAUCAUGGAAAUUCACACGAAACUAAUAACAAAAAUGGCAGAGGAAAAAAAGUCCAAGCCUAUGAUAAAGAUAAAGAAAGAAAGUGUUCUCUUAGGGAGGAAAGUGAAAGAAAACGGUAUCACCAGGAAAAGAGAAAGCAUACACCGGUAGAUGAGACUCACAGGAAAAAUAACAAAAAUAACGAUAGACGAUCUGGUGAUAGAGAGAAUACUCGAAGCUUCUAUCCGAGAAAUGAUUCAUGGGAAAGACCUAAAAAUACCUACAAUCAGAGCAAACCAGAUAUGGGUGGAAGAAGGAAAGACGAAACAGGCAGAGAUAAAUCAGAAAGGAACACGAAGCGUGACGACAACUAUAGAAGCAGAGAUCGUAGAGAUGAUAACAGGAGUAAUAAUAACGAUGAAAGAGGUACUGACAGAGAUAGAAGACACAGAGAAGACUUUGAACGAGACAGAAGGGCAUCUAACACAAUGAGGAGGCAUGAGGAAAGGAAAGACCGAGUAAACAAUAAAUGGGAAGAAAAUCAAAGAAAAAAAGGGGAAAAUGAACGAAGACAUAGAAGUGACCGUGAUGGACAACUUAGGUAUCGAAAUGAAGAGGUAUUCAACAAAAAUGGGCGAAAAGGUAACGUUGAUGUUAGGGGAAGAGACGUUCAUUACAGUUCGAAAGAUAGACGAAUAGAAUCUGCACAUAAGAAAGUUCAAAAAACCGUCAGGAGCAAAGAAACAGAAAGUGUACCAGAAAAACGUAAUUCAAAAUCACAGAAGACGAGAAGUAGCUCAUCGUCUGAGGAGUCAUCGAGUGAAUCUGAAUCUGAAUCAAGCUCUGAAUCCGAUAAAAAAAGUAAAAGUUCGAAGAAAAAAUUGAGAAAAAGAAAACAUACCACCACGUCAAGUGAUUCUUCAGAUUCUGAUGAGCCAAAAAAUAAAAUUAAGAAGAAGAAGAAGCGGUGUAAGGACACCUCUGACUCAGGCGAUAGUGAUGACAAGAAAGUCUCUAAAAAAAAGUCUGAUGCGCAAAUCAAACGAAAACAAAAACUAAAGAAAAAACAGUGUGAUUAUGAAAAUACGAAGAAGCUGAAAUCAAAGGAAAAAAAGACCGGUGAAGGUAACAAGAAAGUAAAAACUAAGAAAUCGAGAAGAACGAAAGUAAGUUCAUCCUCUGAGAGUGAAUCUUCAAGUUCAAGUUCAGAUAGCUCACAAUCUGAUUCUCGAAAGAAAAAAAGAAAGUCAUCCACAAAACUUAAAAAGGUAAAGAAAUCAAAAAAAUCAAGAAGACAAACCGAAUCGAGUUCGAGUUCUGACUGACAAAAAUGAUGAAUAACUAUUGGGUGAUAAAUCAUGUGAUUGAUGCUGCACUGUUAUUACAGAGUGAAACAUGAUUAAUCCGUACACUUAAUCAUGGUGAACGAAUGAACAAUAUUGAAUCACGAUGAACGUUUUUCUAUUCCUGAUCCUGUUGCAUGGUGCAGGCUAGUUAUUUACUCAGAAGAAAUAUCAUUGAAACAUCAUGUAAACCCAAAAUAACAACAUACGUAUAUGGAGAUGUCAUAUUUUUGUGCCAGAUACCAUGGUAUUGGUGAAAAAUAAAAGAAAAUUUUUUAUUCUUAAUUUAA